AUGGUUGUUGCAUUCGUUACUGUUGGCACAACUUCAUUUGAUGAGCUGAUCAAUGAAGUUAAUAAACCUGAGUUUCAUAAAGGUCUUUCGAGAUUGGGAUAUAAAGAUCUGAUCAUACAGUAUGGAAAUGGAUCUGUCAUACCACAUGUUCCGGAAAACAUUUGCACCGAAAAUACUGGAAAUUUGUCUUCAGAUUCUUCCCUACGUAUCAAAGCCUUUCGAUACAAAGACUCUCUUGUAGAUGAUUUUCAAAGCGCAUCCUUAGUUAUUAGUCAUGGCGGUGCAGGCACUUGUAUCCAGGCGCUUACUCCAUGUGGCAGCCAUCGCUUGAUUGUCGUCAUAAAUAACACGUUGAUGGAUAAUCAUCAGGAAGAACUUGCGCUUGCUCUGCUACAAGGAAAACAUGCUUUAGUGUGUACUCCUGCAUCACUUAACCAUUUGAUAUGGACAGGAAAUGAGUCCACUUAUUCUUCUCCAUUUGUACGCAAUGAGAAUUUGUCACUGGCUGAACUUCAAAAGUUACUGGGCCCUGAAAUUCUACCGGAGCAAGCUGGCUUCGUUGGAUUUACUCAAACGCUUGUUGACUUUCCAUUGAUGGUUACUUGUCUAACUAUUUCCACUUGCACUCAAGUAAAGUUAUGGAUUUUAAUACAGAUGGCUAACUACUGA